CAGCUGGCAGGGAGGAGGGAGGACUGCAGCACAGGAAGUGCAGCAGGACGCCACGAACAACAGGAAUCACGACAUGACUUCUCCCGGAGCCGCCAGUUAAACCAGCGCAGGAAUCCCACCCUGACGGUCGGAAAGAUGGGGGGCUCUCAGAGCGUCCAGAUCCCGGGUGGAGGAUCCGAAGGUUACCACGUCCUCCGGGUGCAAGAACAUUCCCCGGGUUAUCACGCAGGACUGGAGCCAUUCUUUGAUUUUAUCAUCUCAGUUUGUGACACUAGACUGUAUCCUCUUCAACAGAACAGGGACAACGACACCCUGAAAGAGCUGCUGAAAAUGAAUGCGGAGAGGCCUGUAAAGAUGAUGCUGUACAACAGCAAGACGCAAACUGUGAGGGAGACGACCAUCACACCUAGUAACACAUGGGGCGGCCAGGGCCUUCUGGGACUUAGCAUUCGCUUCUGCAGCUUUGAAAGAGCCAAUCAAAAUGUUUGGCAUGUCUUGGAGGUGGAGCCAAACUCUCCUGCAGGCCUAGCUGAUUUGAGGCCUUUCAUUGACUAUAUAAUCGGAGCAGACACAGCCAUGCGUGAGAGUGAAGACCUGUUCUCCGUCGUUGAAGCGCAUGAAGGGAAGGAGCUGAAGCUGUACGUUUACAACACAGACGCAGACAACUGCCGCGAGGUGGUCAUCACCCCAAACUCUGCCUGGGGUGGAGAGGGCAGUCUCGGAUGUAAGAUUGGGUUUGGAUACCUGCACAGGAUACCUACGCUUAAAGACGCAAAUAACUCCUUUUCGCCUGCCCAAAAUCAUAAUGAAGCACCUUGUACACCUAAAGAUGGUUAUACAGAGGUCCAACUCUCUGCUGUCAUUCCAACCGUUCCAGUUGUUGUCUCAUCUUCUGCUCCAACCGGAUUAGAGCAGCCUCGCAGCAGUUUAUCAGUCAGCUCUGAGCCAACAGCUGUACUGAUUAACCCACCGACAGGAAUCCCCAUCAUCCCACCGCCCAACCAUGUAACCCCCACACAGACUUUCCCUCUGCCUGUCAAUGGUGCUGCAACACAACCAGGGUUGAUAUCCCUUCCUGGAGGUCUUCCAGCCUUUUCUAAUUUCCCAAACCUAAAUGCUACCUUGCCAGAUGUGGGUCUUGUUCUGCCGCCUGGACUCGGGAUACAGCAUGAAGGUCUUCCUCCUCUCAACCAGCCAGGCCCAGUUUCCAGUGUUACUCCUCCUCCUCCUGCUGACUUCAUCUAUCCACCAGUCGCUGUUAAUUCACACACCACCAUUUAUCCCUCUUCCACUAUCCAUAUGAACAGUUCACUGACCAAAGUCCCCAACAAUUCAUCAGCUCCCAAGUCUGGAUCAUUGAAUUUCACAGUGACUGUGGACUCCUCUUAGCACAGAGCAACGCGUAAAUAUGACACCUUGCCUUCAAGUCCUUCCACAACAUAAGCAGUGGCUGCACCACUCAGCUGACAACGAUCUGAACUUCGUUCAGAUACGAGCUCCUGGAGGUUGCUGAAGAUACCCAACUGGAGUGAGAUCUUUCAGCUGAAGUAAAACGUUUUUGCAAAACCGAAUUAAAACAACUUGAUGUUGGUACUAUGCAUUUUCACUUUUCUCAAAAACCAAUAAUAAAAUGUGGAAUAUUUGAGUGCAGAUGUUAAUAUCAUUUCAUUUUAGUGGUUAGGCUACUGAAAAGUAUCAAGAGGAGGCUGCUGAGGAUUUGUCAGGUUUGUUUGCACUGUAAAACCAUCUUUGAUUGCAAAGAACAUAUUAAAGUUGGAUAUAAUCUUGA